AUGAGUCCCUUUGAAAAAGGCCAGUCGGCCCGCGGCUGGAAAUCAUGGACAACCAGGAAGAAGCUGUUCGUACUCUCGCUCGUCCUCCUCAUCAUCAUCGCCCUGGGAGUCGGUCUCGGCGUCGGAUUAGGCAUCGGUCUGGGCGGCGGCGGCGGCAAUGAAGAAGGCUCAGGCUCAGGCUCAGGCUCAGGCGGGGGGACGACCUCACCGCCAGAAGGCAACUACACAACGGCCAAGUGGCAGCCCGCGGUGGGAACAAAAUGGCAAAUCGAGCUGCUGAACGCGUUGAACGACACCUCCGUCGACGCAGAAAUAUACGACAUCGACCUGUUCACCAACAACCAGUCCACCAUCGCCGCGCUGCAGCAAGCCAGCCGCAAGGUCAUCUGCUACUUCUCCGCGGGCAGCUACGAGAACUGGCGGCCGGACAAGGCCAAGUUCAAGGACUCGGAUCUGGGCAACGACCUGGCAGACUGGCCCGGCGAGAAAUGGCUGAACCUCAGCUCGGCAAACGUGCGGCAGAUCAUGCUUGACCGGCUGGACAUGGCGCGCGACAAGGGCUGCGACGGGGUGGACCCGGACAAUGUGGACGGGUACGACAAUGACAACGGGCUGGACCUGACGCAGGCGGACUCGAUCCAGUUUGUGAAUUUCCUGGCGAAUGCGGCGCAUGCGCGGAACAUGUCGGUUGGGUUGAAGAACGCGGGGGCCAUCAUCCCGUCGGUUAUCAGAAACAUGCAGUGGAGUGUCAACGAGCAGUGUGCGCAGUACGACGAGUGCGAUACCUACUCUGUGUUCCCGCAGAACGGCAAGCCGGUGUUUCACAUCGAGUAUCCCAAGGGGGAUAAAACCAACAAUGAUCUUUCCGUGACGACGACGCAGAAGAACAAGGCCUGUGAGUUUUCGGGGUCGGCCAAUUUCUCGACUGUCAUUAAGAACAUGGAUCUGGACAAUUGGGUUGAAUAUUGUUAG